UUUGUAGGGCAAGGAGAUGAAGGUGGAGAUGAUCAGCAAACAGAUGCAGAGGCUGAAGAAACUGAUGGAGAAAAAGAUGGUGAAGAUAAAAAAGAUGACGAAAAAGAAGACGAUAAUGCGGAAGAUGAUGAAAAAAAGAAGCCAAAGAAGGGUGGGAAAAAGAAAGGAAAAAAGGAAUCGAAAAAGAAAAAGGAUGAAGAUGAUGAUGAAGACGAAGAUGAAGAGGGAAGAAAUAAAAAGAAGCAAAAGAAAUUGACUUCUGCAGAGAUUAGAGAUUUAGUGCCUAUAUUCGACAAAAAAUGUGGGGACAUUAAUACCGUGCAAUGUCUUUCUUUUCAGGCACUUUGUAAAAUUUCUGCAAGCAUACUAUCCUUUGAUGGCGUUAAGUUGUAAUGAAUCAUGUACUUAUUGUACAAAAACAUCAGAUUGUGUAGACGCUAGACCCAAUGAUUGCCAACUUUGGGGAAAAGAAAUUUGUUCGACUAGUCCACUUUUGGCAUUUUUGCAUUGUCGUAACUUUUGCAAUGCAUGUCCUAAAAAUAAAAAGAAAGGUGAUGAUGAAGAUAAUGAUGGUGAAGAAAUAAAAGGUGGAGGGAAAAAAGCUAAAAAGACAAAAGACAAAGCAAAAAAAGAUAAAAAGAAACCUAAAAAAGAAAAGGAAGAUGGUGAUGAUGACGAAGGAAAGGAAGAUGGGAAAGAUGAUAAAGAAGAAGAGAAGGAAGGAGGAGAUGAAAAUAAAGAUGAGGAAGGAGGAGAAGAAAAUAAAGAAGAUGGAGGAGGGGAAUAA